AUAGGAUUACUUUCAAUGAUGGGAAGAGUAGGUUCUCUGGCAGCUCCAUUUAUGAGAGAAGCAGCCAACAAUGUUCAUAUUUCAUUUCCUCUUGCGUUAUUUGGAACACUUUCUCUUAUUUGUUGUGUUUUGACCUUACUUUUACCGGAAACUAAAGAUUCACAAUUGGCUGAUAUGUUAUCACAAGUAGAAGAUAGAAAAAGAAAUGGUCUUCUUGUGCAUGGAAUGAAAGCUGAAAAUGAAGAAGAAGAAGAAGGAAAUUAAGCAUCAAAUUAUUUAACUUGAAUAUACAAUAGAUAUUACUACGGUUAGAAAAUAUA